AAUGGGGAAAGGCGGCUCGAUGAAUGGCUGGCCCGGGUGGGGAAGGCAGGAGGCGGCGAUCCCGGCGGAGGGGGCCGUUCGCCAGCUCCGAGGCAGAAAGUGCCACGACUCCACACGCGCGCACGCAGCCAGCGAGCGGCCGGAGCGGACGGCGGACGGGGCGGACGGCGUCGGGGUCGCGGUGCCUGCAGCUGCUUGGAGGCGGCUUCUCGGCGGAGGCUCAGCGGGCUUCUCUCCCGGUUCCGCGGCGGCGGCGGCUCCUGCCCUUUCGUUCUCCCUCCCGCGUCUCCGGCUGCAGGUGAAAGGAAAGCAAGCCAGGAUGGAUAUUUACGACACUCAGACCUUGGGGGUUGUGGUCUUUGGUGGAUUCAUGGUCGUUUCUGCCAUCGGCAUCUUCCUGGUGUCCACCUUCUCCAUGAAGGAAACGUCAUAUGAAGAAGCCCUAGCCAACCAGCGCAAGGAGAUGGCGAAAACGCACCACCAGAAAGUGGAGAAGAAAAAGAAGGAGAAAACAGUGGAGAAGAAAGGAAAGACCAAGAAAAAGGAAGAGAAACCCAAUGGGAAGAUACCUGACCAUGAGCCAGCCCCCAACGUGACCAUCCUUCUCAAAGAUCCUGUGCGGGCACCUGCAGUGGCCGUGGCUCCAACCCCAGUCCAGCCCCCCGUGGUCAUUGCCCCUGUAGCCCCAGUACUAGCUGUGCCCCAAGAGAAGCUGGCCUCCUCCCCUAAGGACAAAAAGAAAAAGGAGAAAAAAGUGGCAAAGGUGGAACCAGCAGUUAGUUCUGUAGUGAAUUCUAUCCAAGUUCUUACCUCCAAGGCUGCCAUCUUGGAAACUGCUCCCAAAGAGGUGCCUAUGGUGGUUGUGCCCCCAGUGGGUGCCAAGGCCAGUACCCCAGCCACUGGCACUGCACAAGGCAAAAAGGCAGAGGGAGCCCAGAACCAGAACAAAAAGGCAGAGGGAGUCCAGAACCAAAACAAAAAGGCAGAGGGAACCCCCAACCAGGGCAAAAAAGCAGAGGGGGCUCCCAACCAGGGCAAAAAGGCAGAGGGAGCCCAGAAUCAGGGCAAAAAGGUAGAAGUGGUCCCGAACCAGGGCAAAAAGGCAGAAGGGGCCCAGAAUCAGGGCAAAAAGGCAGAAGGGGCCCAGAAUCAGGGCAAAAAGGCAGAAGGGGCCCAGAAUCUGAGCAAAAAGGCAGAAGGGGCCCAGAAUCAGAGUAAAAAGGGAGAAGGAACCCCAAACCAAGGCAAAAAGACAGAAGCGGUCCCCAACCAGGGCAAAAAGACAGAUGGGGCCCCCAACCAGGGCAAAAAGGCAGAGGGAGCUUCCAACCAGGGCAAAAAAGUAGAAGGGACCCAUAAUCAGGGCAAAAAGGCAGAGGGGGCACAGAAUCAGGGCAAAAAAGCAGAGGGGGCCUCAAACCAGGGUAAAAAAGAGGAGGGGACCCCAAACCAGAGUAAAAAGGCAGACGGGAGCCCCAAUCAGGGUAAAAAGGUGGAAGUGGUUCAGAACCAGAGCAAAAAGUUAGAGGGGACCCCCAACCAGGGCAAAAAGGCAGAGGGGGCCCAGAACCAGGGCAAAAAAGUAGAGGGGGCCCAGAACCAGGGCAAAAAGGCAGAGGGGGCCCAGAACCAGGGCAAAAAGGUGGAGGGAGCCCCCAACCAGGGCAAAAAGGAGGGAACCCCAAACCAGGGUAAAAAGGCUGAGGGUGCCCCCAACCAGGGCAAAAAAACAGAGGGGACCCCCAACCAGGGCAAAAAGGCAGAGGGGGCUGCCAACCAGGGCAAAAAGGCAGAGGGGGCUCCCAACCAGGGCAAAAAGGCCGAGGGGGCCCAGAAUCAGGGCAAAAAGGCUGAGGGGGCCCAGAAUCAGGGCAAAAAGGCAGAGGGGGCCCAGAAUCAGGGUAAAAAGGCAGAUUCAGUUGCUAGUCAGGGCACAAAGGCAGAGGCUGUUGCAAGCCAGGGGAAAAAAGCAGAGGGGGCCCCCAAUCAAGGCAAAAAGGCAGAGGGAACCCCGACCCAGGGCAAAAAGUCAGAAGGGUCCCCCAACCAGGGCAAAAAGGUGGAUACAUCUGCCAAUCAGGGUAAAAGGACAGAGUCAGCUCCUAUCCAAGGCAAAAAUGCAGAUAUGGUCCAGAGCCAAGAGGCACCAAAGCAAGAGGCUCCUGCAAAGAAGAAGUCUGGUUCAAAGAAGAAAGGUGAGCCUGCGCCCCCGGACUCCGACAGCCCUCUCUACCUCCCUUACAAGACUCUGGUCUCCACGGUCGGAAGCAUGGUAUUCAACGAGGGUGAGGCCCAGCGGCUCAUUGAGAUCCUGUCCGAGAAGGCUGGAGUCAUCCAGGACACCUGGCAUAAGGCCACUCAGAAGGGCGACCCUGUGGCAAUUCUGAAACGCCAGCUGGAAGAGAAGGAAAAGCUGCUGGCCACAGAGCAGGAAGACGCAGCUGCCGCCAAGAGCAAACUGAGGGAGCUCAAUAAGGAGCUGGCAGCAGAAAAGGCUAAGGCAGCAGCCGGGGAGGCCAAGGUGAAGAAGCAGCUUGUGGCCCGGGAGCAGGAGAUCACAGCCGUGCAGGCGCGCAUGCAGGCCAGCUACCGGGAGCACGUCAAGGAAGUGCAGCAGCUACAGGGCAAGAUCCGGACUCUUCAGGAGCAACUGGAGAAUGGCCCCAACACGCAGCUGGCCCGUCUGCAGCAAGAGAACUCCAUCCUGAGGGAUGCCUUGAACCAGGCCACGAGCCAGGUGGAGAGCAAGCAGAACGCGGAGCUGGCCAAGCUCCGGCAGGAGCUCAGCAAGGUCAGCAAGGAGUUGGUGGAGAAGUCAGAGGCCGCACGGCAGGAGGAACAGCAGCGGAAGGCUCUGGAGACCAAGGCGGCCGCCUUUGAGAAACAGGUCCUACAGCUGCAGGUGUCUCACAAAGAGAGUGAGGAGGCUCUGCAGAAGCGCCUGGACGAGGUCAGCCGGGAACUGUGCCGCUCACAGACCAGCCACGCCAGCCUGCGGGCGGAUGCCGAGAAGGCCCAGGAGCAGCAGCAGCAGAUGGCCGAGCUGCACAGCAAACUGCAGUCCUCCGAGGCGGAGAUGAAGAGCAAGUGUGAGGAGCUGAGUGGUCUCCACGGGCAGCUCGAGGAGGCCAGGGCUGAGAACUCGCAGCUCACCGAGAGAAUCCGGUCCAUCGAGGCCCUGCUGGAGGCGGGCCAGGCCCGAGACACCCAGGACGCCCAGGCCAGCCAAGUGGAGCAGCAGGCCCACCUCAAGGAGCUGGAGUCCCAGGUGCGGUGUCUGGAGAAGGAGGCCACCGAGCUCAAGGAGGCAGUUGAGCAGCAGAAAGUGAAGAACAAUGACCUCCGAGAGAAGAACUGGAAGGCCAUGGAGGCUCUGUCCUCGGCCGAGAGAGCCUGUGAGGAGAAGCUGCGCUCCCUGACCCAGGCCAAGGAGGAAUCGGAGAGGCAGCUCAGCUUGACCGAGGCACAGACCAAGGAAGCCCUGCUCGCCCUGCUGCCAGCGCUCUCCGGCUCGGCACACCAGGUAGGAGGCGAGGUGGCUCCCGUGGGACCCCACUGCCCACAGGAAAUGUCUCCGGGCCCUACCUCGUGUGUUUUGUGGCAGAGUUACACCGAGUGGCUGCAGGAACUCCGAGAGAAGGGCCCCGAGCUGCUGAAGCCGCCGCCAGCUAGCACAGAGCCCUCCUCGGACCUGGCCUCCAAACUGAGGGAGGCCGAGGAGACCCAGAACAGUCUGCAGGCUGAGUGUGACCAGUACCGCACCAUCCUGGCGGAGACGGAGGGCAUGCUCAAGGACCUACAGAGGAGUGUGGAGGAGGAGGAGCAGGUGUGGAAGGCCAAAGUGAGCGCCACGGAGGAGGAGCUCCAGAAGUCACGGGUCACAGUGACACAUCUCGAAGAGAUCGUAGAGAAGCUGAGAGGAGAACUUGAAAGUUCAGAUCAGGUGCGGGAACACACCUCACAUCUGGAAGCAGAGCUGGAGAAGCACAUGGCGGCCUCCAGCGCCAAGUGCCAGAGCUACGCCAAGGAGGUGGCAGGGUUGAGGCAACUUUUAUUAGAAUCUCAGUCUCAGCUGGAUGCAGCCAAGAGUGAAGCCCAGAAACAAAGCAAUGAGCUCGCCCUGGUCAGGCAGCAGCUGAGUGAGAUGCAGAGCCACGUAGAGGAUGGUGACGUAGCUGGGUCCCCGGCUGUCCCCCCUGAGGCCCCCCCAGGAGAGCAGGACCCUGUCGAGCUGAAGACGCAGCUGGAGCGGACGGAAGCCCUCCUGGAGGACGAGCAGACACAACGGCAGAAGCUCACGGCCGAGUUUGAGGAGGCUCAGAGCUCGGCGUGUCGGCUGCAGACAGAGCUGGAGAAGCUCCGCAGCAUGGGGCCCCUCGAGUCUUCAGAAGCAGAGGAGGCCACGCGGCUGAAGGAGAGACUAGAAAAAGAGAAGAAGUUAACCAGUGACCUGGGACGCGCUGCCACCAAAUUACAGGAGCUUUUAAAGACGACCCAGGAGCAGCUGGCAAAGGAGAAAGACACGGUGAAGAAAUUGCAGGAGCAGCUGGACAGAACAGAGGACAGUAGCAAUUCAAAGGAGGGCACUUCUGUCUGAGUCUCCUCUGCGGGAAGAGAAGUUACUGUUCAACUUACCAAAAUGCCUUACACAUUCCUUACAGAUAAAUAAACCAACCAACAGCGUUAUCCAGGCCCAACUUCCAGUAGCUCUGAGAGAAGCCAUUAGAGACGAGAGUCUCUCAGAAUCACAGAAAUAGAUCUUCCAGACCCCUGUUUAUAAAAGAACCUUUGUCACGUUUGAUAAACACUAUUCCCCAGGACCAGGCCUGGACCGCCACCGAGCAGACGCCAAAGCCCUUAUCAGCUCCAUGACAGACCCCAGGGUGUGAGCUGGGGAGGCUGGGGCCUCUGGGGACCCGUGUGUCAAUCAGUGCAAUUGUUUCCUCUCACUGGGCUGGGGGCUGGGAGGCGGGCGGGGCCGGGUGGGGAGCCUCAAAGGCUGUGGGACAGACCGGAGGGUCACAGCCCGGCCCAGCGAGGCAGCAGCCCCUCGAGCCCUGGGAGAAGUUGCCAGCAAGAACUGAUGUAUGACCUCCGGAUGUUAAUGCCAUUAAAACCAACGUUGUCGCCCGGCA